GAGUAUUGCUGACUUGAGCGUCGGAGUGUUUUCCCCGAGGAAACAACCUCGGGAUUUUCAGGUGUGGAAGCAGCUAAGGACUUCAACAGUGUUGGACUGUGAAGCUGCCCAAACAUUGGCGUCGUCUGUGGGAACACGAACAAGGAGUCGUGUGGCUUUACUUGCUGAAAGAUAAUAUGGUUCGUACUUUUACAGGAGGGCGCCCUCCCAGAAAUGAAAUAGACGAACAGGAGGACACUCACAUAUCCGAGCCCGGCUUGAAUGACUUUAGGCCAAUGCCCAGAAAUCUUUUUGUAGGAGGAGCCGAACAGGAUCACCUAAGUGAGACAGAUGAUGAAAGAACACCAACUGGGUCGACAGAGCCUGCUCGGACAACCGAACUCGAAGAGAGAACCAGAAUUCUGGAAAUGGCAAUGGGUAAAAUCCUUGCCCGCCUGAUUCUGGACGACCCCCUGAUUCCUUUGUUGAACAGGGAUGCACAACCAGCUACGGUUGUUGCAACUCGAAACUCCCCUGCUCUAAGCAACGUAGUGGUACCAACCAGGCCAAGGGGAAGUGGGAAGUUGAAUAACGAGCCCAGCUCGUCCAAGCAUAGUGAAGAAUUGAUGAGAAAAAACGCAGACCUUGAAAGGCAGCUGCGGGACGUACAGAAGUCCAUUGACGAGCUGAAAAGUUCCAGGUCGCAUCAGCAAACUCUUGAUUUGGAUAGCGCUCCAUUGAACUUAUCUAUCACAGCAGAACCAUAUCAAGAGGGAUUCAAGAUUCCCCACCUGGAGACAUAUGAUGGCUUAGGCGACCCAGAUGAACAUCUGCACACCUAUCAAGCCAUCAUGAGAAUCCAAAAUGCUAACGAUGCCAUGAUGUGCAAAGUGUUCCCAGCAACACUCAAGUCUACAGCCAGGAGAUGGUAUCACAAGCUCCCUAGACAUUCAAUAGAUUCCUUUUCCCAGCUCAUCAAGCUAUUUUCUAACAAAUUUGCGAGCCAAAGGGAGAUCAAGCGCACAGCAACCGAGCUGAUGCAAGUUAACCAGAAAGAAGGGGAGUCUUUGAGGGAUUACAUGCAGCGGUUCAACAAAGCCACCUUGGACAUUGAUAACGUCCCAGACACAAUCUGCCUGUCUGCCCUGCUGCAUGGGUUGAAGCGUGGCCGGUUUCUAGACGACCUGCUUGAAAACCCACCAAAGACGUGGAACGAGGUGAAUGACAGGUCGGCCAGUUUUAUACUGUCAGAGGAUUUUCAAUCGUCCAAGCGACGAGCUGAUGACAAGCCGAGUAAAGGCCAGGAACAACAACCGAGAAGAGAGGAGAAGAAGAAGUCCCAAAUCCUGGCACAAAUCCAGCACUGGGUUAGGAGACCUCCACCCCCCUUGCAUGAUUCCCCGAGGGCAGACAAGAGCAAGAAUUGUGACUACCAUCGUGUAUAUGGUCACAAUACAGAGGAUUGCCAACACUUGAAGGACGAGUUGGAGUUUUUAGCUCGUAACGGGAAGUUAGAAUGGUAUGUUCAGAAGCCUCACACCCAGCAACCCGCUCAAACCCAUUUCGUACAGGCGUACGACCGACCUCAAGAGCAGAGGUACCAGCUCGGCGGGACGCAGGAUGUAUAUCAGGAUAACCAGUAUCCUUCUGAGCAGGGCAGAGCAUACCGAGGACGUGGUGUUCACUCCGGGGGCCAAAGCGCCCGAGGUCGCAAGGCGUAUGCACGCCAGGUGAUGGCAGUUAACAAAAACAGGCCUUUGAAACGCCCGUUUGAAGAAGCAGAAUGGGAAAAUGUACCCAUCACAUUCAGCCUGGCAGACUACAAACAAGCAGAAGGAGAGCCUGACGUUAUGAUGCCGCAUGCAGAUCCUUUUGUGGCGACGGUUCAUAUAGGCAACCAUAAUGUCAACAAAGUCUUCGUUGAUACGGGUAGCUCGCCGGACAUCCUGUAUUGGAGUUGCUUUCAGAAAAUGCAGCUGAAUCCGAACUCACUGCAGAAACACGAAGGGCCUAUAUAUGGGUUCGACAAUCAGCCCGUUCAGGUUGAAGGAACCAUUACCCUUCCCGUCUAUGUGGGCUCAGAGCCACGGUUUAAGAUGGCUUCUGUUACCUUCCUGGUCGUUAAGAUGGAGUCAGCUUUCAACGCUAUACUGGGGAGAGCUACCCUUUGCGAACUGAAGGCGGUCAUCUCACAACCUCAUCUCUGCAUGAAAUUCCCAACUCCCCAGGGGGUAGGAGUGCUUAAAGGGAACCAGAAGAUGGCAAGAACAUGCUACCAAGAUACCUUCAAGAAGGUUGAGCUCGCUGCUGUUCCUACAGGCUCUGAAAAUCACAAGCCAACCCAGCUCGCUCAGCAGACAAUGAGCAUUUCAGACAUUGAACAUCGACCUGAGGGUGUCGAGCAGAAAGCAAAGCCAGUGGAGUCGGUAGAGACGGUCCCUCUGAACCCUGCUGUGCCAGAGAGAACGGUCAAGAUCGGCACCAAACUCACAGAGGAGGAACGGGCAGAGCUUAUGGAGUUUUUGAGGCACAAUCAAGACGUGUUUGCGUGGACUACGGACGAAAUGCCGGGCAUCCCCGCAGAGUUAACAGUCCACAAGCUGAGCACAGACCCCACCAGAAGGCCGGUGGUGCAAAAACGCCGCCUUUUUGGCCCCAAGAAGCAAGCUGCCAUUGACGAGGAGAUACAAAAGUUGUUACAAGCAGGCUUCAUCAGAAGAGUGGAGUACUCUGAAUGGGUGUCCAACCCUGUGCUUGUCAAAAAGCCAAAUGGCAAGUGGAGGAUGUGCAUUGAUUUCACCAACCUCAAUGAUGCGUGCCCAAAAGACCCUCAUCCCUUGCCGAACGUAGAGAAGUUAGUAGAACGGGCAGCAGGACAUGAACGGAUGAGUUUUCUUGACGCAAGCUCGGGUUACCACCAGCAACAUACCAGAAGCUGGUGCAAAUCAUCUUUAAGCUCCAGAUCGACAGAAACAUAGAAGUGUAUGUAGAUGACAUGAUAGUCACCA